ACCUUCUCCGCCGAGCUGAGUAGUUUUUAACUGAACACAUUCUCGAGUUGCCAAUGUUCACUCAUCAAACUUAAACUUUGAGAAGUAGAAACAAGAUGAGAGAGCUUCAAAAUGGAACACUCCCAACAGUCAAUGAUGGAUGAGAUCAACAAGGGGUGAAACCUGUCAAAAAUCCAUCUUCUUGUUACAAAGAGCUUUAGCGACACCACAACUACUUUGGUGGGGCUAAAACGUUCGUAGCAUCUCGAACCUCGAUAGUCGGUUUGGAGGAUCGGAUUUUGGGAAGUAUAAGAGGCGAGUGGACCAGGCCGCCUUUAAGCGCUUCUCGCUCAAUCAAUCAGAGGCUUCCCAAGCACAUACGUCAUUGUAAAUGGCCGCUCAAAGUUGCGAUCAAGCCAUUUUUGACCCAUAUCCCUGCACUGUCAUGACAUGGCUCUACCGCCCAAGAGCUCCCGGCUGGUGGAUGUUGAUCUCGAGGUGCUCGAGGACAACCCAGGUAAGGCUACGUAUGCAUCGCUUCUCCGGCAAUGUGGGCGCUCCAGGGCGCUGUGGGCGGGCAAACAGGUUCACUCGCACAUGAUAGCGAGGGGGCUGGACAGAGACAAGGUGCUGGGUGAUAUCCUCGUCCAAAUGUAUGGAAAGUGUCGUAGCCUCGGCGACGCAAGGGAUGCCUUUGAGCGGCUGGCAUACAGAGACGUCUACUCGUGGAGCAUCAUCAUCGCAGCAUUCGCCCAGAAUGGGGAUAUUGAUAUGGCACUUGGGCUAUACGAGCGGAUGCAAGAGGAGGGCGUGCAGCCCGAUAUGUUCGUCUACUCAAGCGUUGUGGGAGCCUACUGUGCAGUGGGCGAUCUCCAGCGAGGGCAAGAGAUCCACAGGAGAAUCGUCGACAGUGGAAUGACUCCAGAUGUUGUGGUGCACAACUCGCUCGUUAACUUGUAUGCCAAGUGCGGCCGCAUCGAUGACGCCAGGAGUCUGUUUGAUGGGAUGCAAGUGAAGAGCCUCGCCUCCUGGAACGCAAUGAUCGCCGGAUAUGCACACCUGGACCUCGGGGACGAGGCCUUUGAUCUCUUUCGCUGCAUUGACCUCGAGGGCCUGGGUCCGGACAUGUUGACGUUCAUCAACUUGCUGGGGGCGUGCUCCACUCCGGAGUUUGUAGACGCCGGAAGAAAUAUUCAUGCUCGGGUGGCGGCUCUGGGCUUGGAUUCUAACCUUGUGCUUGCCACUGCGCUGCUCGACAUGUACGCGAAAUGCGGGAGCAUCGAGGGUGCCAGGAGUGUGUUUGCAAGCAUGGCUGACAACAAGAACCAAGUAUCUUGGAACGCCAUGAUCGCGGCACGGGUUGAGUAUGGCCACCCUGACGAGGCCAUGUAUCUCUACCACCAGAUGCAUCUCCAAGGCUUGAAGCCAAACGCUUUCACGUCGGCCAGCGUCCUUGGUGCUUGCGUCUGCGUGGAGCAGGGCAUGCAGAUCCAUUCCUGGGCAAUGUCGUGCGGAUUCGAAGACGAUCCGGUGGUGAGGACUGCGCUGGUGAACAUGUACUCCAAGUUUGGAAGGCUGGAAGAAGCGGCAAAGGUCUUUGCCGACGGGCAGGGCUUCCAAAACGAUCCUGUUGCGUGGAACGCGAUGAUCACCGCCUACACGGAGGCCUGGCUCCCCAGCGAGGCACUCGGCCUGUUUGACGAGAUGCGAGAGCGAUCAAUAGCGCAGGAUGCGGGGACGCUGAUUGCCGCUGCAAAUGCGUGCUCAGUCCUGGGGGACUUGUCGGCUGCUAGAGCCGUCCAUUCCGCUGCGCGACGCAGCGGCCAUGACUCCAUCGUGCUGCAGAACUCGAUCAUCAACAUGUAUGCUCGAUGCGGGAGCUUGGACGAGGCGCGAGCCUGUUUCGACAGCAUGCCGCGGCGGAGUGUGGUGUCGUGGAACGUGUUGAUGAGCGGCUACGUGGAGCAGCAGCAAGGCGAGGAGUCACUCAAGCUCGUCCGGUGCAUGGACUGGCAGGGCAUCCAUCCCAACGCCUUCACCUUCAGCUGCGUCGCCACCGCUUGUUCGUUGCUCAAGGACCUCCGGGCGGGGCGGGCGGCUCACUCCCGGAUCGUUGCCAGCGGCUUCGACACCGACAGGGUGGUGGUGACGGCGCUGAUGGACAUGUACGGGAGGUGCGGGAGCGUGGAGGCGGCGAGGAGGACGUUCGACGACAUGAGGCGGCGGUGCUCGACUCGAGUGGACGUGGUGUCGUGGAACGCCAUGAUGGGGCUCUACUCGCAUCACGGGCAGCCGCGGGAGGCGCUGGAGCUGUUUGGCGAGAUGGGCUUGGCGGGGGAGGCGGGCAACGAGGUGAGCCUUACGCUGGUGUUGCAUGCGUGCACCCAUGCCGGCCUGGUGGCGGAUGCGGUCGAGGCGCUGGCGCGCGGGGUGGAGGCGGGCAUAGUGCCCAGCCGGGAGCACUACGCGUGUGUUGUGGACGUUUUGGCACGGGCGGGGAAGCUGGAGGUGGCGGAGGAGGUGAUGAACAACAUGCCCGUGGAGCCGGGCAUUGGGGCGUGGAAGUGCCUGCUGGGGGCGUGCGCCGUGCACGGAGACGCGGGGAGGGGAUCCAGCGCCGCGCAGCAUGUGGUGGAGAUGCAGCCCACCAAUGCGGCGCCCUAUGUGCUGCUCUCCAACAUCGCCAAAGCUCCAAAGCCCUAACCUGUGGGCGAUGGCAGACGGCGCGGACGACGAUUUGGAGCCGCUGUUUGAUUACCGCCGCGAGCAAGCAGGCCGCGACGAGAGCAGCGAUCAAGAAGAAGAGCCCGAGCACGACAACAUGAGGUUGUCUUCAGCCAACUUUACGGUGCGGCAGGCAACCGCGUCGCCUGCCACGACACAGCAGCAGCAGCAG